AUGAAUCGCUGUGCGCCGUCGACAGCCAAGACAAGUUGCUUGGCCGUCCAUUCCCAAACUCAUCCUGCAUCCUCGGGGCGCAUCCUCGGGGCGCAUCCUCCCACCACAAGAGUGAUGCCAUAUAGAACAUCAAGCCGUCUAUCCUCAGCUUCUGUAAACAAUGCUGGACGUCUUCCUCUACAUCGCACACAAGCAUUGUUUUUGCAUGUGAGCCCGUUCUGA